GGUCUUGUGCCGUUUUUUUUGUGCCCAUUGUGUUUUAUCGUCAUGGAGGAGGAGCUGGCGUUGGUGUUGUGGCAGCCACCUGAGCUGCCGAAGACGCAGCCGCCUGCGCCUGCGCCGCAGCCUGUUGAUGAGACGGGCAAGGGCAAGGGCGCCAACAAGCGGCGCAAACGUGGCACUCAUGCUGCCAACGGUAGCGCUGAUGAUGAUGAUGGUGGCGGUGCUGACCCCACUGACGCAGAAGCUAAGGUUUCAUGUAUAGACUGCGCUGAGGACCACCGCUACGGAGACACUUGCAGCACUGGUGGCUCUAGAUGUACAUCCCGGCGUUGCAAGCAGUGUCACAACGCCCGCAGGGCAGUGCAUUCGUGGUACAGCAAGGCGAACCGCCUGGAUGAAUGGUCCAAGCUGAGUGUGGACGAGAAGAGGCAGCUCACAGUUGCCAACCGGGGCAAGGGCGGCACCAAGGGUCGCCGACGGGAAGUCGUUGGAUCCGAAGCUGUCGCAUGCACUGACAGCGUGGGUCUUCGUCACGAGGCCCCUUUCCUCACCAAGCUGCAGUUUUUCGCCACUCUCAAGGAGCGCUACACGUGGGCCACGGAUGAAUCCUGUGAGCAGGAGUGGACUCGUGUGCAGGGGAACAGUGCCGCAAUUUGGCGGCGUGACGAAUUUGGAGAGCAAACGGUGUCCUUGCUCAAGACCGCCACAGCGACUUCGGGCAGACAGCUCGACCACAAGAAGGACUCCGAGUGA